UUUAAUAAAAUCUCUCUCUCUUCUUGUUAGAGUAUGAGGGGUGAAAGUGCAGGGGUCAGAAUUUUGAUCCUUACUUGAAAUUCUGUCGAGGCCAGAUUGCAAAAAUGUGUUUACACGUGGACUGUGUUUUGUCAGGAUUUGUUAUUUGAGUCUUCGUCUAUCAUUAUCUCUUAGUGGCGAACUCCAUUUGGUGUUGGUUUUCAUCGCGAAUUUUAGUCUUGUGCGGGUGCUAAAAGGAGGAUUUAUGGAGGAAGGAGAGAACAUAUCAGGAGCCAUUUAUGAAGAUGACAACUUAGAGGAUUUUGAAGAUGUUGAGAUGCUUGAUGUAGAAGAGGGAGAGCUUUUGGAGCAUGAUGCAAGCGCACAAACCAAUUUUGAGCAAAGCCAUGCUGAGGAUGUCAUUGUUGCAAAUGUGGAAUCUCAAAGUAAAAAUCGUCAGGCAAACAAGAAGAAGAAAAGGAAAAAGAAAAAGCGGAGUGGUGUAGGCCCAAAGUUUACAGACAUAAACAGAUUUGUUUCGGAUACAUGUAAGCAUCUGAAGGAGAGGAAAUCAUACAUGGUAUACACUGCUGUAUGUUGCCUGGGGGUUUCUGCACUCAGUGAUCUCAUUAAAGAGGUGGAUGCCAUCCAGGCGUGUGGAGGGCAGAUGACUGCUGAUGGCAGACGUUCCAGGACAGGUGGUGGCAUAUUAUGGAGCAUCAUUAAAGCACGAGAACCAAGUGCCUAUAAAGAGAUAAUGAAGAAAACGAAGGAAUUUGAGAAGCAAUUCAGGCAACAAAACAACAGGCAAGCAGUAGAGCAAACCAAAGAAGAUUCCUCCCAAAGAGCAGAUUAUGCUCUGACCAACGGAGUCUCACCUAGUAUUCUGGCUGGUACUAAGAAUGUCCCUCGAAAUCAGCAGGAGCAGUCAAGUGUUGAAGGAACUCGCAAAUCUGUUCAUGAUAGGAUCAGGGUGCCUGUAUCUUAUGAUGAUCUGCUUUGAGAGGAUCUGGGAAUUGAGUCACUGUGAUUAUCGUAAAUAAAUUCUGGCUUUACCGCAUAGUCUAUUGAGGCUUGAAACUGAAUCUUCCCCAUCUGAGAAGAGGGUAUUGAGAAUAUUGGCCAUUACUAGAAAAUAACUCCACCAUUGAUAUUGAGCCUCCUGGUAUGCGAUUCUUGAGAUUCAAGUUAUGUCAUAUUAAGAACUUAUUAACUGUU